CUGCCUCCACUACUAAAACCAUAUAAAGGGACAAUGCAAACACAUCAAGUAACUUGGAAUCACAUUACUCGAGAGCUGAGUUUUAGAACUUUAAGCUGCUUUAAAUGCAGCUUUGAGAAUUGUAUUCAUUAUGCGAUUGAAAAUAAAGUAGCGCCGCUACAGUCUUCAUAUUUAAGUGAGGAAAAUGACAAUGGAAGAGCCACUGCUCGGCCUACAGGAAUAGAAGAAUUUAGUGAAGAUACCUGGGUUACAGCUAUUUUUGAUAAUGAUUGGUAUCCAGGAAUCAUUGAAAAAAUUGAUCGAAACAUUAUGACUGUUAACUUUAUGAUGAAAAAUGGUAAAAGUUUUUUCUGGCCAGAUAUCGCUGAUCGUCAAACUGUGACUACUAGAAAUGGAAUCUUAUGUCAGCUAGUGCAUCCACCUGAACCAGUUUCCAAUAGAUUCUACAAAAUACAAGAAUAUGACUAUAUUGAUAAUUUAUUUAAAUCUUCAGUUUAGAUGUUGUAUGGUAAAGGAAUGAAAUCAAGUGAAUGGUUUCACAUAGCUGAUGUUUCUUUUUUUAUUAUUUCUACAUUUUUUUGGGGCAAAAUGUUAAAAUGAAAUGUUCUUUUUUCUUUUAAUAUAAGUUGAUUUUUGAUGUAAACUUAGGGGUUGUUUUAUUUUUUAUCAUUAGAGUGGCAGGUAAAUCAUUAGAAUGGACAUUUUUUUUCAAAAAACCUAUAUAUAAAAAGAAUUAAGCUCAACUUUCUAUCACAUUUAAUUAAGAACCUCUCA